AUGCUAUCAUCAUCAGGAACUGGCGGAGUUGGUGAAGAUGGUUGUUGGUACGACAUCCCAAUUGUUCUUCUCUGCGACAUACAGUCUCGUCUAUUUGUAGUCGAUCGUUGUAACUUCGGUCAUGCCUGUAAAACAUGGCGAUCGUCGCUCUCCAGCCCAACUACCUUUUAUAAUGAGCAUCGAUUGGAGAAGGUGCUGGAAAUUCAUCGACUUCCAAUCCUUGUACACAUAGGAAACAACAGUAGCGAGCAAGUCAAUUUCUUGGACCCAAUAACCAACUCUGCCAACACCCUGCCUUUACCACCAGGUUCAAUCGGCACAGGAGCCAUGGUUCGCUGCCCCAACCGAACCACGGGUGGUUGCUUGUAUCCCAAGGCAGUUUUGGUGGGGAAAUCUUCUUCUUCAACCCUUUCACCAAGGAAAGGAUCGGGUUGCCUGACCUAG